AUGGAGACCGAAUCUUAUAGAAGUGAUCAGGAGCAACCAAUGCAGCCCUCUGAGUCUUCUGAGGAGGUUGAAUCUUCUGUAAAGCAGACAGAAGUCCCAGCCCAGCAUCCAAGUCCUCACGCAGUGACCAUUUUACCUCCAGGUCACCAUCAAGUUCAGCAGUACGACUUGCCCAGUGUGACUACUAAACCUCCAGACCUGCAGCUGACCCUAACACCAAAACCUGCAGCAGAAGUGGAAACAUUUCCAGUCAGCCAUGAGGUCACAACAACUCAGGCCUCAGUCCCAGCUCUGCCUCCAAAGCCUCUUGAAGAGGUUGAACCACUGCCAAUUCAGUCUCAAGAAGUUAUUCAGGAUGAGAAACCAUAUACGACCCAGCAGGAGGAAACAGCUGAAAAUGUACAGACCCCCGAGGAGGCUGGACCUUCUCCAAUCCAUCAGGAAGCCCAAGGUCAAGCCUCAGUGUUCCCUAUGGAGCCUGAGCCUUUGAAAGACCAGGAGGCACACACAGCUCAGCAGCCAAAGCCCCCGGAAGAGGAUGAGCACUCCCCAGUCACAGGGGUCCCAGCUCAGCCUGAAGAACUGAAGGAACCUUCACCAAGCCAGCAGGGGAUUUCCGUUCCACCUCUAGACCACCCCAUGAGUGCGUACCAAUUACCGCUCCAACAGGGAGACACAAACCAGCCUUCAGUAAUCUUCCCAGAGAUUAGUGAUGCUAUUCCAAUGAAUAUGACAUUUUCACCUCUUAUUCCGGAAGAAAUACUCAGAACUCAGCAUUUAAGGUUGUCCAAAACCACACCAAAACAUGUGGAUAUUGACCUUGCCAGAACCCUAAAGCCCACUCCAGAAGUUGAUCCUUACCCCGGUCAGCAGGAAGGACCUGCCCAGCCUACAGUUCCCACCAAGCGAGUUGAAUUUUCUCCAACCCAGCGUGGGCCUCCUCUUGCCCAGCCUCCGGCACUGCAUGAAAAGAUGGAACCUUCUCCAGCUGAGCCUCUAGAGCCCCUCAAGAAUGCAAAACAUGCUCCAGUGCAAAAUGUAGCCCCAGCCAAGCCGCAAGACUUCCCUAACACUCAAUCGUCUGCAACCCAGCAGAGGCUUCAAACAGCAACCAAACCUGACCAAUGUCACAGGUCAACCUUUGGACGUGGAGCUCACCUAACUACACAACCUGGAAUGAAAGGUGGACUUUCUCCAAUCAUGCAGGAGGCCCCAGUUCAGCUUCCAGGGCCAUCUAAGGAGGGUAUAGCACAACCCCCAGGAUAUCAGGGGGUGGCAGUUCCACCACCAGCUCAGAAUCAAGCUCAGUUUCCAAAAUCGCCCCACAUCACAUUUCAACCUUUUGAUCUGGCGCUUACAAUAACUCCGCAGCCCAUUACAGAGGCUGGACUUGCCAAAAAUGUGCAGGAGACUCCACCUAAAGAAACUGUAGCUCAGCCACCAGUGCAUCAUGGGAUGACAGUUCCAACAUUAGGUCAGGAUCAAAAUCAACCUCCACUAUCACCCAAUGUCACAAAUCAACCUUUAGACCUGGCACUUACCAUUACUACAGAACCUACUACAGAGGCUGAGCAUCCUACAGAACUGAGCAAGACUACAGCUCCAUCUCCAAACCUGACUCCAGUCACAACGCAACCUUUGUUCCUGGGACUUACCAUAACUCCAGAAACCAGUAGUAUGGUGACUGAACCCUCUACAGACAUGCAGGAGACCUCAAGUCCACAUCCCAAGGAGGGUGUAACCCAAUCUCCAAUACAUUAA